AUGAACCUCAUCGUGGGCUCGUUUCACGAUGGGCUGCUGCUCUACGCUCGCGCCCUGAGGCAGCUGCUGGCUCGAGGUGGCAGCGCCAGGGACGGAGAAGCCAUCACGGAGCUCAUGCACGGCACGUGCAUCCAGGAAGCGACGCCGCCCGUGGUGCUGGUGACGUCGUGCGUCUGCUGUGCGCUCGCCCUCAUCACGGUGGCCUCGUCCCUCCUCUACAGGACCCUGCGGGAAGCGACGCCGCCCGUGGUGCUGGUGACGUCGUGCGUCUGCUGUGCGCUCGCCCUCAUCACGGUGGCCUCGUCCCUCCUCUACAGGAGGGUGAGGUUGGAGAGCGAGUUGCGCAAGAGGCUGUGGCGUGUUCGCUGGGAGGAUGUUGAGCUGCUGGGCGAUGGCGCGGAGCGGCUGAGGAGGAGCAAGCUGGCGGCUGGGGGAAGACUGGACGCCUCUCCCACGACCUCCCGACGUGGUUCCUUCUGCAGCGUCGAAGGCCCACGGGAGGGGUCCCCCACUGUGGCCUCCUACAAGGGCAACGUGGUGGUGGUGAAGCCCAUCCUUAGAAAGAAGAUCGACGUCUCCAGGAAGUUGCUGCUCGAGCUGAAGCACAUGCGCGACCUUCAGAGUGACCACGUGACUCGCUUCGUGGGAGCUUCCCUGCAGCCCCCCCACGCCUUCAUCCUCACCGAGUACUGCCCAAGGGGGAGCCUCAAGGACAUCCUAGAGAACUCGGCCAUCUCCCUCGACUGGCUGUUCCGAUAUUCACUCCUCAACGACAUCGUCAAGGCGAUGCAGGUGCUACACGGCAGCGUGAUAGUGUCCCACGGCUCUCUGUCGUCCUCCACGUGCGUCGUCAACUCGCGAUUCGCCCUCAAGGUGACGGACUACGGCCUGCCCAGCCUGAGGGCCCACAGGCCCAGCCUGAGGGCCCACGGGCCUGGCCUGAAGGCCCACGGGCUCGACCGCCGGGGAGCCAGGGACGCCUACGCCAAGUGGCUGUGGACAGCCCCCGAGUUGCUGCGCUCCGAGCGGCCUCCACCGCAGGGCACCCAGCGGGGAGACGUCUACAGCUUCGCCAUCAUCACACAGGAAGUCGCUCUCCGGCAGGGACCCUUCUACCUGCAAGGGCAGCAGCUGAGCCCCAAAGAGGUGGUGCUGGAGGUGCAGAGGGAAGGUCGCCAGCCCCCACUGCGCCCUUCUCUGGACCCCGUCGUGUCUGGUGCUGACCCUCUGCCUGAGCUCGCUCGCCUCGCCGCUCGCUGCUGGGACGAGAAGCCGGAGCUGCGGCCGGACUUCAGUGCCAUCCGCCAGGCCAUGCACAGACUCAACAGCGGACAGACCUCCAACCUGCUUGACCAGCUGCUGUGCCGCAUGACUCAGUACACAGCCACUCUCGAGCAGCUGGUGGAGGAGCGCACAGCGGACUACCUGGAGGAACGGGCCCGGGCCGAGAACAUCGUCUACCAGAUCCUGCCCCGCACUGUGGCUGAGCAGCUGAAGAGGGGACAGAGCGUGGUGGCAGAGGCGUUCCACUCCGUCUCAGUCUACCUGAGUGACAUCGUCGGCUUCACAGCUCUGUCUGCUGAGAGCACUCCCAUGCAGGUAGUGGCUCUGCUGAACGAGCUCUACUCAUGUUUCGACGAAGUCAUUGACAGCUUCGAUGUCUACAAGGUGGAGACUAUUGGCGACGCCUACAUGCUGGCAUCAGGCCUCAGCAGCCAGAGUCAGCACCAGCAGCACUGCUCGCUCGCCAGAGCAGCCUUGGCACUCCAGGCCAGAGUGAGGGUGUUGGGGAUUCCACACCGGCCCGGGCAGAGACUCCAACUGCGGGCAGGAAUACACACAGGCCCCGUGUGUGCAGGAGUGGUUGGUCUCAAGAUGCCGCGCUACUGCCUGUUCGGUAAUACGGUGAACAUCGCCGCUCGAAUGGAGUCACAUGGAGAAGCUCUCAAGAUCCACGUGUCAGCCUCCACCAAGGCGGUUCUUGAAGAGAGCGGCGACUUUUAUCUGGAACCACGCGGGGAGCUGGACAUGGAGGGUGGAGGGUCUAUGGCGACCUUCUGGUUGCUGGGGGAGAGAGACGGAGCAUCGGAGGGGCGGGUGGAAGAGUCGAUGCAGUGA